GCGACGCUCCAUAACACGCGGGCCCGGCGGCAGCGAGAGAAGUGAGAUCGUGUUCGCGCCUAUAAAUAAGCCCCACCACCCACCGCGAUGAGCAAGCACAAGCUCAUCACCAACACAUCGCUCAUUAGAAGAGGACUUUCUCCGCCGAUCCCCUGCCCCACCAGCAAUCUUGUAGCCUCGUCGAACUGCCUCCUCUGCUACUUGAGUGAGUGAGCUGCUUUAGCCUUCGUCUCCCCCCCGGCGGCAACCAGGCGAGGAUGGACAGGCUGAACGCGAAGCUGUACCUGCAGAACUGCUACAUCAUGAAGGAGAACGAGCGGCUGCGCAAGAAGGCGCAGCUGCUGAACCAGGAGAAUCAGGCCCUGCUCACCGAGCUCAAGCAGCGCCUCGCCAAGACGGGGGCCAACAACGCCACCACCAACACCAAGGGCAACGGCAACGGAAAUGCAGCCGCGGCAGGCAACCGCGCGCCCAUCCCUGACCUCAAUGCCGCCGCCGCUCCAGGGGUGCAUGGCGGCCAUGAGAAGAAGGCGGCGCCCAAAUCCAAGAAGGCGGCGCCCAAGUCCAAGGCGGUUGCAAACUGAUGCAGCUUGGCACUGUCAUGGGCUAGAAGUCUGUAGUUCUUAUUAAGGGUUUACCUCUGGAUGUUAGGAGUGCGUGUUUAGUUUAGCUACUGGAAUUGCAUGCUUAAUUAUGUGUAGCAGAGCUCUUAUGGAUGGAUAGCUAGAUCAGCUAGGGGUAUAUAUACAUAGUUGGUUGGGUCAUUCUGUGCUGCUACUUAGCAGUGGUGUUUAAGCAGCUCUUUCUUUCCUGGGCUCUUUAGCACAACUUGAGCCAGAACAUGGCAAAUGCUGUUUGCUGCUUGUAUGAUGAUAAUGUGCUAA